AUGGACCAAAAAAUACACACCCGGUCUUCUAUGCACCUUAUAUGGUAUCAGAGCCUACACUUUAAACAGAUCUUUUUUUUCUAUACGCAUCCUGCUUCCUCUCUUCUUCAACCUUUACUGAUGACUACCUCUGGGUUAGGCUUCGUGGAUUCUAGUUCGACGACUUUGCCGGAUCUUAUCCGCAUGUCCGCUUCCAAGCACUUUCCCAUCAAAUUAACCAAAACCAAUUAUCUUGUUUGGCGUCGUCAGGUCCAAACUACUCUCGUUGGUCUCAACCUUCUUGGUUAUGUUGACGGCUCAGUUCGAGCCCCGUCUCCCUUUUUGGAUGCUGCCCACCAGCAGCCCAACCCGGUGUAUACCCUUUGGUAUCGUCAAGACGAUAUUCUUCUCAGUGAUCUUAUUGGUAGCUGCACCGAAGACGUUCAGCUGGUGAUUUCCCUUGCCGAUGCAUGGUCCCGGUUGACAAAAAGCCUUGCUAAUAUGUCUCGCGAGCGUAUUAGUUCGCUGAAAUCUCAAAUGGCGAAAAACCCCCGCGGCAAUCGCACCAUUAAUGCUUUUGUGGCGGAUAUGACGACAAUUGCAUCUCACCUUGCUUUGGCUAGAAGUCCCGUAACUGACGAGGACCUUUCGGUGCAUAUUAUGUCGCAACUUGGAGAAGAUUACUCUGCCCUCUAUCAAUCCUUGCGAGGAAGUAAUGUCGAUCUCUCCAUUGAUGAACUCACCACUAUCUUGAAGGAUUGUGAGCGGGAAAUUCUUAGCCGAUCCACUGCCUCGGCCGACCUUGUUCCCACAAGAAAUCAUGCCCAGCGCAUCCGCGAUGGUGAUCGUAGAGGAGCCUUUGGUCGUGGCGGUCACUCUAGCGUCUCUCGAGGAGGCAUGCGUGGACGAGGCACCACCAACCCUAAUCGUGGUGGUCGCUAUUGUCACUUCUGUGAUCUAAUCGUGGUGGUCCGGAUGAAAUUCGGUUGGGUAACGGCGCGUAAGGAUUCUAAUUGGCGGGCAGCUAUGGAUGCUGAGUACUCGGCUCUCCAGCGCAAUCAUACCUGGGUCGUCCAGGCAGGCAAUCAACAUUGCUCAAACGCGGAGCUUUCCACUCCUUCAACAUGUCCACGUUGUUUCAUUUAGCGUUUUGUAAAUUAUAUACUAACUAUACAAAUACACCUAAAAAUUUAUAUAUAUAGGUAAAAAAAUUUAAAAUUUUUU